AACCCAGCAAAAGUGACCUAACAACAAAAAAAAAAAGUUCCACUUCUUCUCCUUCAUCGGUAACUAACACAACACGUUCUCACUUCUCAGUCCCUUUACCGUCAUUCCGUUGAAGAACCUUCUCCAUCCCACGCAGGUCCAGCCACCGCGCCGCCGCCGGUGACAACCGCUUCCACCGCCCUUCCCUCUCACAAAAACAGAGUAACGAAAAACAACGUUUCCUGUGCAAAAUAGUUUCAACACCAUAGAUGGAGUACGUUAGCCCAGAAGGACUUCGCUUGGAUGGUCGCCGGCCCAUGGAAAUGCGACAAAUUCGAGCAGAGAUUGGUUCUGUAUCCAAAGCUGAUGGGUCUGCCAUUUUCGAGAUGGGUAAUACCAAAGUGAUUGCUGCUGUUUAUGGCCCUAGAGAGGUUCAAAAUAGGAGCCAGCAAAUAAGUGACCGGGCUCUGGUUCGAUGUGAAUACAGCAUGGCUAAUUUUAGCACUGGUGAUCGCAUGAGGAAACCAAAGGGAGACAGGAGAUCAACUGAAAUUUCUUUGGUUAUUCGACAAACCAUGGAAGCAUGCAUAUUGACGCAUUUAAUGCCCCGUUCCCAGAUAGAUAUUUAUGUCCAAGUUCUCCAAGCAGAUGGAGGAACUAGGUCUGCUUGUAUAAAUGCUGCAACUUUGGCCUUAGCUGAUGCUGGGAUCCCUAUGCGUGAUCUUGUAACUUCCUGUAGUGCUGGAUACCUCAAUAGCACCCCUCUGCUUGAUUUGAACUAUGUAGAAGAUAGUGCUGGGGGUCCUGAUGUAACUGUAGGAAUUCUACCGAAGUUAGAUAAAGUGACGCUUCUUCAGAUGGAUUCUAAACUACCAAUUGACAUUUUGGAAAAUGUCAUGCAACUGGCUACAGAAGGCUGCAAAGCAAUUGCCAACUACAUCCGAGAAAUAUUACUUGAGAACACAAAGCAACUUGAGUAUCGACGGGGUUCAUAGUUUUAUACAAGUUAAUCUGUUCAUCAGUCGUGCAAUUUUUUAAUUAGAAUUCUAUAGUAUUCACCUAAAGAUGUUUGCAUACGGUACUGAGUCGAGCGGAAAAGUAGAGGCGAAUGUGUUUAAAUGUUGUUGUCACCUAGUGUUUUACCAUUAAACCCUUAACAACAGUGUUUUGUUUCAUUUAACCGAGUUUGAAUUAUAAAUUUGCCCAAUUUUUUUCUUCGA